AUGAAGGUGCUAUCCCUUGCCAUGGCCUUUGUCUUUGCCGCACUUGCGGCAGCAGGACCUGUGGAUCAAUCAUCUGGCAAUAAAGUAGCCGAAAGACAGGGUAUCGAAGACUUUGAGCACACAGCGCUAACCGGGUUGGAUGUGAAUAGCUCGCUAACCGGGAUGGACGUGAAUAGUCUCGCUAAGUGGGUUGAACGUGAAAAGUUUGGUGAUAUCGAAGACUUUGAGCACACAGCGCUAACCGGGUUGGACGUGGAUAGCCCGCUAACCGGGUUGGACGUGGAUACACUGACUAGUAUGGGCGUGAAUAGGAUCAUGAUGGACGUGAAUAGAAUCUCGCGGGUGAGUGAUGACCCUUGGCUGAAGAGCGAUGACUUUGAGCACACAGCACUGACUGGGAUGGACGUGAAUAGCCCAGCCCCGCUAACCGGGUUGGACGUGGAUAAACUGACUGAGAUGGACGUGAAUAGCAGCGCUGACUCGAAGGUGCGUUUAGUAAGGCUGCCGUCAGCAAUGCUGACAAAGGUGUACUCCCUUCGGAGUGUCCAGCUGCUGAUUCCUUCUGUGGCGUGGACUCUACCUCUGAUCUAUCUCUUUCCGCCUUGGUAA